ACUCGGAUGGGAUAACAUCGUCAGCAAAAUCAAGGAGUGGUCACUUGCAAUCAUGUUGUACAAAUCUCCAUAUGCUUCCCAAGUCCGGCGGUUCUUGCAAGACCUGGACUUUGAGGUUCUGCAAAGUAUUGCAUCGACUGCGACAGAUAGGAAGAUCGAAGUAUCUUCAAAUAAAGAGGCAAUAGAUGUCAUCCUGCUUCACACGCGUGACCUGGACCGUUUCUUUAGCUAUCGGCGCCUAACAGCUGAGAUAUUCUCUAAGUACCUCAUCAUGUUACAAAUGAGAAAUAAGAAAUUAGAGAUACCAAUGAAAUCAAGCAGAAUGGAAAUGAUUUUCACUAUUAAAGAUUUAUGGGUGAAGUGUGUAAACAGAAACAGACAGAAAAAGAGAAAAGACAAGAAAAGAAAGAAUUUGCAAAAGUUACCUGUAUCUGACCAAAAGCCAAAGGAAAAUGACUCGGUUGAUGAUAUAAAGCAUAUAGAAAUAAGUGUCUCUAUAGCCAGUCAGAGUGAAGUUUUCAAUGAAAAGCAAUUGGUGGAGCCUGGAGAGAGGAAAGAUCUUAAAGAUAACUGUCCCACAAAAAAUAAAUGUAGGAGGAAUCUUAGGUCUGCCAGUCGUGCUGCAGGAAAAUUAACUUUGGGUAUAAAGGAGACUUUUAAGAACAGAGGAGAUUCAGACCUUAAGUCAGAAUUUGUUGGGGAAUCGUCUGUUCAGCAGUCUAGUAAAGAUGUAGGUGAAGCACAAAGACCAUUGAAAAAUCAACAGACUGUAUGUGCAGUGGAAAGAUCAGUGGAAAAAGUGAAGCCACCUGUAAAUGAAAGAGCAGCUCCAAUUAAUGUGACAAAUAUUUUUAAUACUAUAGCAGUUGGUGUGCCAUCAGCAAGCAAUUUUCAGUUCACAUUAGAUACGUCAUUAACUAGCACAUCCAGCACUAGUGUGAGAUCAGAUAAAUUUGCCAGGGAUUUCUGCGAAUGGUUUUACAAAAUGAUGAACAAGCUACAACCCAUCUGUGCCCACGAGGAAGGCGAUGUCUUUAGUGAGCGAGUGUUUGUGGGAAAUAGCUCUGUUCAUAUUUUCAUGAUGUCCAGUGUGGUGGUGGAGAGAAAAGGUACUGAUCAGACUCGGGCCUACCAUAUGCUUAAAAAUACCCUGUUAGAAUUUGAGCUUCUCUUCUCCCCUAAUAUGGAAUCAGGGUUACAAAUAAUUCGAGGUGAACAUGGUUCAAUCAAGGUUUUCUGCUGUGGAAACUUGCACAAGCAUAAUACCUUCAUAGGAAUUUAUGAACAGGAGUUUGAUCUGGUUUUUUGUCCAGUUGAUAAGCUUUGGAAAAUAUUGUGCACAAAACUAAAUCUUAAGCAUGCAACAGUUGCAACUCAGAUGCCUUCUUUACCUCCUUGUGAAAUAUUUGAAAUGAACCCUUCAUAAAAAAUUCUUACAAAAAAAAACUACAAAUUUUUGCUCCAGUAUGUAAAUAUCACAUAAUCAGAGUGAAAUUAUUUAAAUUAGUAUAUAAAUAACUGUUUUGCCAAUAUUUGAAUUUACCCAAUAUUCAUAAUCAGUAAAAUGUAUUGCAGCCAGAAAGUUGGCUUUUACAGAUAUAUUUAACAAUGGUUUUGCACCCUCUCUCUCUCUCUCUCUCUCUCUCUCUCUCUCUCUCUCUCUCUCUCUCUCUCUCUCUCA